AUGGGUAAAAAGGUCAAAGCCGCGAUGGAGUCGGGCGCACUUGUGACCGACGCGAUUGUCGUCGGUAUCAUUAAGGACGCCAUCAAGAGUUCGGAAUGCCGUUGUGCCUUUAUUCUUGAAGACUUUCCACGAGCGGUCGUGCAGGCCAAAAAGCUCGACGAGAUAUUGACGAAGAAAAACACCUCGGUGGAUGCUGUGGUGAUCAUUAACGUGCCGGAAAAAGUGCUGGUUAUACGCAUUGCAGGUAACGCGUUCACUUGGCUAGUGGCCGCAGUAACCAUGUCAAGUUUGCUCCGCCGAAUGUGGACGGAAAGGACGACACUACGCGCGAGCAGUUGA